UCACGGGUUCAGGCAGGACCGUGAACAGUUUGAAUUUGACCAAGCAAAAAGGCAACCCAACGUCUGUUUUGAAAGCUCUAAAAUGACUACAUGUGAUGUAAUUGUUGUUGGAGCUGGAAUCAGCGGUCUGAGUGCAGCCAAGCUCCUCCAUGAGAAGGGGUUGGAUGUGUUGGUUCUGGAGGCCAGGGACAGGGUGGGAGGGCGCACCUGCACUGCAUAUGGGGAAGGUUUUGGUUACUGUGAUGUGGGGGGAUCGUACGUCGGUCCUACACAGAACAGACUCCUCCGUCUGUCCAAGGAGCUGGGGAUUGAGACCUACAAGAUGUACGACAAGGGACAGUACACUUUCCUGACGGGGGGUAGACCUACUCAGUACAAGCCUCUCCCUACCUCCUGGAACCCAUUUAAAACCAUGGACCUGCUACACAUGCUCAGGCUUAUUGAUGAGUAUGGGAGCAAAAUCCCGGCUGAUGCACCCUGGGAUUGCCCACAUGCCGCAGAGUGGGACAGUAUGACGAUGAAGGAAUUCUGGGAAAAACACUGCUGGACAAAAGCUGCCCACACGUUUGGUGACUUGAUUGUGGAGUCAUUUGUGACAGCCAAGUCCCACCAAGUGUCCAUGUUGUGGUUCCUGUGGUACAUCAAACAAUGUGGAGGUUUUGACAGGUGCUGUUCAACAGUUAAUGGUGGACAGGAGAGGAAGUUUCUGGGUGGAUCACAGCAGAUCAGUCUGAGGAUGCAGGAGUUGUUGGGGGACAGAGUAAAGCUGAACAGUCCUGUAGUGAGGGUGGAACAGGGACAGGAUGGAGUCACACUGUACACAGGCACACAGGACAGCUUCCAGGCUCGCUAUGUGGUGUUUUCCAUCCCUGUGCCCCUGCAACUGAAAGUGACCUUUGACCCGCCACUGCCGACCCCGCGGUACCAGCUGAUCCAGCGAGUUCCCAUGGGCUCCGUGCUGAAGAUCAUGGUGUACUACGAGCGACCGUUCUGGAGAGAAAAAGGCUACUCUGGAUUGAUAAUUAUAGAAGAAGAGGAUGCUCCUGUCUGUUUCACUUACGAUGACACCAAACCGGACGGAUCAUACCCUUGUAUCAUUGGAUUUUGCCCAGCUGAUAAAGCUAUUCACUUCUCACAGCUUCCUGAAGAAGAAAGGAAGAUGCUGAUCUGCAAGAGCUAUGCAAAGGCCUUUGGGACAGAGGAAGCUUUGAAGCCAACAGCCUAUGUGGAAAAGAACUGGAUGCAAGAGGAGUACUCUGGAGGCUGCUAUACCACCUAUUUCCCACCUGGGGUCCUCACUAACUUCGGAAAGGUACUGAGGGAGCCGUUUGGACGUAUCUACUUUGCUGGAACAGAGACGGCCACCCAGUGGUCAGGUUACAUGGAAGGGGCGGUACAGGCUGGGGAGAGGGCCGCUAGGGAGACCUUACAUGCAAUGGGUCGCAUCCCUGCAGACCAAAUAUGGCAAGAAGAGCCUGAAUCCAAGGAGUGUCCAGCCCUGCCUUUUGAGUCGACGUUCUGGCAGCGUAACUCCCCGUCUGUCGGAGGUUUCCUGAAGCUGCUGGGUCUGACCCCGGUCCUCGCAGCUGCGGGUGUGGGAGCGUUCGUCUUCAAGAAGAGUAACCUGUAGCCGCCAUCUUGUGAGGCUGAGUUGACAGAAUCAAGUCAUAACAAGAAAUGGAAAAUUGAGUUUUUAUGUAUUUUAGGCCACACCGCCUUAAUUUUAUGGAUGACAUCCUCUGAAGA